AUGGUCACGGGCAGAUAUGUGCAUCUGAUUUUCUUGAAAACGGUGACUUUAGGCGACCGAUUGCGGGACAAGUUCAGUCUGGCGAUCGAUCAUUUUCAGUUGAAACUACAAGAUGCCGAUCUCAUGAAGAAGAGGGUUGUAUAUCCACGUUUAAUAGAGUCCCGGGAUUCCGAUAGUGAGCUGACGCUGUUCAUCAGUGAUGAAGUCACUCUAUCUCUACAACCAGUGGACAUUUUUCCGGAUGAGUUUCUCUUGCAGUAUCACGAAGGGGACACUCCGGUCAAGGAAUAUAUUAAGGGAGCGGACCUUAGAAAAAUGGUAUAUGAUGAUAAGGAUCAAAGGGCAGCCGUAUUUCUUGACAGAGAUAAUGGACUUCGCGUGGAAGGAAUCAUCCUCGAUUCACUAAGAAUAAGACCAACUCUCCCUCUUGAGGUAUCGAAUACUGCAUCUAUUGCUCACGAACUUUUUGAGGUUGAAGAGCCCUUUCCAAAUACACGUGACGACUUUUUUGCAGUACCGGAACAGCAGCUUGUUCAACUCAACACGCAGAGGAAUCCACACGGUGGUCUUCCAAACGAGGUACACCCAGAAUUGUUUCUCUUGGUGGAUACCACUAAGCACAAGACCCUAACAAAGAAGGUCAAAGUGGCAGCGUACGCUGCUGUAACAGUAGCUGCAGCAAACAUACGAUACUCCACCAUGACCAACCCAGCAGUCAUACUUAGACUUUGUUCUGUCGAAAUCAUGUCGAAGAAACUAAAAAAUAGGUUGUAUCACUUCUUGCUGUCCACAACUACAAAAUAUCUCGAUGUAAAUGCUACAAUUUAUGAACUUGUAGAGGAAGUAAAAUACGACAAAUACAAGAACUUCGAUAUUGUUAUCUUGUUAACAGAGCGAAAAUUGGCAAUACAAGCUGGGAACAGGAUGGAUACAUCACUAGAAGGUGUGGCCUUUACAGGCUCUGCGUGCACGAAAUCAAGAGUAGGAAUUGUAGAAGACACUGGCUUUACUCUCCAUGGACUUACCGCCUUUGCGCAUGAAGUCGGACACAUACUUGGCUGCCCUCAUGACGGGAGCCCAGCACCAAGGAAUCUGCCAAAGGCUCCAGGAUCAGAAACAUGUUCAAACGACCAAGGGUUCGUAAUGAGCUCAACAAUGAGCGUCGGUAAUCAUAACAAGAAUAUAUAUCGCCUAUCGAGCUGCUGUCAAGCCAAUAUUCGGCAUGUUCUCACACUUGACCUAUUUAAAUGCCUCUUACAAGACACACACAUAGUUAAGGAAGAAAUCAAACUACCAGGAUAUUUUAUAAGUGCAAACGAUACUUGUAAAGAAAGGCUUAAAAAGAGGGGAGAUGGCGGAUAUCAUAAUGGAGCCGAUCAGGAUAACUUGCUGCAACAUUGCAUUCUUGCUUGUGCUACUCCUCCUGAUGAAAAAGGAACUUAUUGGGUGGCUAAUGCCACGGCACCCGAUGGAACACUUUGCAGUGAUAAACAAUCUCAACAGGAAAAGGUGAGAGUCUGUAAAGCUGAAGAAUGUGUUUCAGUGUAA